ACCACAAUAGAGGGCCUCGGGUUGGGCGAAUAGCGACGAUAAUAAGCGUCAACCAGACUAAGAGGCUCGACUAUAAAUAGCUGCAGGAACGACCAGCAGGGGUAGUCGGUGAUCGUCCAAGUUGAACUACUGGGAGAGCGGGAGUGAGCAACUCUCGCAGAAAUACUCGUCUCCUCAGAACGCUCCCUCGACGGGAAAACGGUACAGAGAAGAGGGAAAACAGGCCAAACCCUAGAAUCAGAGAGAAAAUUUGCUUUAGCAGGAACAACGGAAAAGCAGAGCUAGGGUUUUAACCCACUCUGCAACUUCAAAAUGAGUCCGGUUCAGAACUUCGAACAACAUGCUCGGAAUCUUAUAGAGCCCGAAGUCCAAAUCAGCUAUACAGGGAAGGCUUCAGAUGGCAAUGGAGGUGAGGGACAGCCUCGAGAUUGCGCAUACAGCGGAAUACUUAAAUUUCCUGAAAUGCUACUUCCGGGCCUUCUCCAUGAUACUAACACAGCUAACGACACCUCAACUCACUGACAACCCCGAGCACAAGCUUAGAAAUGUUAUUGUUGAAAUUCUUAAUCGUCUCCCUCACAGCGAAGUACUCCGUCCCUUUGUUCAGGAUCUUUUGAAGGUUGCCCUGCAAGUUCUCACCUUGGACAACGAGGAGAAUGGCCUAAUUUGCAUUCGUAUCAUAUUUGACCUCUUGCGGAACUUCAGGCCGAGCCUCGAGAACGAGGUCCAGCCGUUCCUUGACUUUGUUUGUAAGAUAUACCAAAACUUUAGGGCGACUGUUAGUUAUUUCUUCGAGGAUGGGUUGGGUGGACAAGAUAACAAGCAGCUCACUGGUUUGGGUCAAGUUGGUACUGGGUACAUUGGUGGCGGACAGCUUAACCCAAGCACCUGUUCUUUCAAGAUAGUCACGGAGAGCCCGCUGGUAGUGAUGUUCCUCUUUCAGUUGUAUGGGCGGCUGGUUCAGACAAACAUUCAUCACCUGCUGCCUUUGAUGGUUGCCACAAUAUCCGUUCCGGGUCCUGAAAAUGUUCCCCCACAGUCAAAGAACCACUUCAUUGAAUUGAAGAGUGCACAGGUUAAGACAGUUUCCUUUUUAACUUACUUGCUGAAAAGUUUCGCUGACUAUAUAAGGCCCCAUGAAGAAAGCAUAUGUAGAAGCAUUGUAAAUCUGCUUGUUACUUGUCCUGACUCUGUUUCUGUUCGAAAGGAAUUGCUCGUGGCAUUGAAACAUGUUCUUGGAACAGAUUUCAAGCGGGGAUUGUUUCCUCUGAUUGACACUUUAUUGGAGGAGAGGGUUUUGGUGGGAACUGGUCGGGCUUGCUUUGAUGCAUUGAGACCACUGGCUUAUAGUCUACUUGCAGAGAUUGUGCAUCAUGUCCGCGGGGAUCUUUCACUAUCACAGUUGUCACGAAUUAUUUACUUGUUCUCAAGGAACAUGCAUGAUUCAUCCUUGUCAUUAAGCAUUCAUACUACUUGCGCGCGCCUAAUGUUAAAUCUGGUGGAACCUAUUUUUGAGAAGGGUGUUGAUCAAUCAUCCAUGGAUGAAGCACGGGUUUUAUUGGGUAGAAUUCUGGAUGCUUUUGUGGGGAAGUUCAGUACCUUCAAGCGAACCAUUCCUCAGCUACUGGACGAGGGUGAUGAAGGGAAGGAGCGAUCCACACUGAGGUCAAAGCUUGAGCUCCCUGUGCAGGCAGUUUUAAAUCUGCAGGCCCCUCUGGAGCACUCCAAGGAAGUCAGUGAUUGUAAACAUCUAAUUAAGACGUUGGUCAUGGGAAUGAAGACUAUAAUCUGGAGCAUCACUCAUUGUCAUGUGUCACGAACACAGGUUUCACCAUCAGCACAUGGAGCACAUCAGCAAAUGCAGGUUUCCCCAUCAUCUAACACGCCACUUCCUCACGCAUUUAAAGGGAUGAGAGAGGAUGAGGUGUGGAAAGCCUCUGGUGUCCUUACUAGCGGUGUCCAUUGCUUAGCACUCUUCAAGGAAAAAGACGAGGAGAGGGAGAUGCUUAACCUUUUUUCUCAAAUUUUAACCAUUAUGGAGCCCCGAGAUCUUAUGGAUAUGUUCUCCAUGUGCAUGCCAGAACUUUUUGACUGCAUGAUCAGUAACAAUCAGUUGCUUCACAUAUUUUCUACCCUUCUGCAAGCACCCAAGGUUUUUCGGCCCUUUGCAGAUGUUUUGGUCAAUUUCCUUGUCAGCAGCAAGCUUGAUGUUCUUAAGCAUCCAGAUACUCCAGCAGCAAAACUUGUUUUGCAUCUUUUUCGGCUAUUAUUUGGUGCUAUUUCUGAGGCUCCUUCAGAUUGUGAACGUAUUCUCCAGCCUCAUGUGCCUGUUAUUUUGGAGGUUUGCAUGAAGAAUGCCACUGAAGUUGAAAGGCCACUUGGUUAUAUGCAGCUUCUUCGUACAAUGUUCCGUGCACUUUCAGGGGGGAAGUUUGAGCUUCUGUUGCGAGACCUAAUUCCUUCAUUGCAACCCUGCCUAAAUAUGUUACUGGCUAUGGUAGAUGGGCCUACUGGCGAAGACAUGAGGGACCUUGUGCUGGAGCUUUGCUUAACUUUGCCAGCCCGUUUAAGUUCUUUGUUGCCUCACCUUCCUCGGCUUAUGAAGCCUCUGGUUUUGACUCUAAAAGGAAGUGAUAAUAUUGUGAGCCUAGGUCUAAGGACACUUGAGUAUUGGAUUGAUAGUUUAAAUCCUGAUUUCUUGGAACCAAGUAUGGCAAAUGUUAUGUGCGAAGUGAUUCUAGCUUUAUGGUCUCACUUGAGGCCAGCUCCAUAUCCAUGGGGUGCAAAAGCUUUGCAACUUCUCGGUAAACUUGGUGGUCGGAAUAGACGUUUUCUCAAAGAGCCCCUUGCACUUGAGUGUAAAGAAAAUCCUGAGCAUGGGCUUCGGUUGAUUUUUACAUUUGAACCAUCAACCCCUUUUUUAGUUCCUCUGGAUCGUUGCAUAUAUCUGGCUGUUGCUGCUGUCAUGCAGAAGACUGCUGGUAUGGAUGGUUUCUACAGAAAGCAGGCUCUAAAAUUCCUUCGUGUGUGCUUGUCUUCUCAAUUGAACUUGCGAGGUAAUGUUGCCGGGGAGGGGAUUACACCGGGACGGUUGUCAACAUUAUUAGUUUCUUCAAUGGACCCUUCCUGGCACCGGGCUGAGAUGACAGAUACAAAGGGUGACUUGGGCGUCAAGACUAAAACACAACUUAUGGCUGAGAAAUCCGUCUUUAAGGUUCUCCUGAUUACCAUCAUUGCUGCUAAUGGAGAAUCAGAUCUCCAUGAUCACAAGGAUGAUUUUGUUCUCAAUGUUUGCCGCCAUUUUGCUAUGAUUUUUCAUGUAGAGAACUCUUCAGCUAAUUCUUCAAUUGCAACCGGGCAACUUGUGGGCCCUGUGCUUUCAUCAACUAAUAACAUGGGUUCCAGAUCUCGGGGCUCCACUUCUUCGAAUCUCAAGGAGUUGGAUCCAUUGGUAUUCUUGGAUGCAUUAGUGGACGUGCUGGCAGAUGAAAACAGGCUCCAUGCUAAGGCUGCUCUCAGUGCUCUAAACGUGUUUGCUGAAACACUCCUGUUCCUUGCUCGCUCAAAACAUAGUGGUGUGCUGACUUCAAGGGGAGGUCCUGGUACUCCUAUGAUGGUUUCUAGUCCAUCAAUGAAUCCUGUGUAUUCCCCACCCCCGAGUGUGAGGAUCCCUGUGUUUGAGCAACUUUUGCCUCGUCUUUUGCAUUGUUGCUAUGGAAGUACAUGGCAGGCUCAAAUUGGAGGUGUAAUGGGGUUAGGAGCUUUGGUGGGUAAAGUCACAGUUGAGACUUUAUGCUUUUUCCAAGUAAGAAUUGUCCGUGGUCUGGUAUAUGUUCUCAAAAGGCUUCCUGCACAUGCUAACAAAGAACAGGAGGAGACAAGUCAAGUUCUUACACAGGUCCUCCGUGUGGUUAAUAAUGUUGAUGAAGCAAAUAGUGAACCCCGCAGACAAAGCUUUCAAGGUGUCAUUGAUUUUCUUGCUUCGGAGUUGUUUAAUCCUAAUGCAUCCAUUGUUGUUAGGAAGAACGUACAGUCAUGCCUGGCACUUCUGGCGAGUAGGACUGGUAGUGAAGUCUCUGAGUUGCUUGAGCCUUUGUAUCAACCAUUGCUUCAGCCCCUUAUAAUGCGACCACUCCGGUCCAAGAAUGUUGAUCAACAGGUUGGCACAGUUACAGCUCUGAAUUUUUGCUUGGCAUUAAGACCCCCUCUUCUCAAGUUCACUCCUGAGCUUAUUAAUUUCCUGCAAGAAGCUCUGCAAAUUGCUGAGGCUGAUGAGACCGUUUGGGUUGUGAAAUUUAUGAACCCAAAAGUGGCGACGUCAUUGAACAAACUCCGAACAGCAUGUAUUGAAUUACUCUGUACAGCGAUGGCAUGGGCUGAUUUUAAAACACCAAAUCAUUCUGAGCUGCGUGCAAAGAUCAUUUCCAUGUUUUUCAAGUCAUUGACUUGUCGGACACCAGAAAUUGUUGCUGUUGCAAAGGAGGGCCUUCGACAGGUUAUUCAACAACAAAGGAUGCCCAAAGACCUUCUGCAGACUAGCCUCCGGCCUAUUUUAGUUAAUUUGGCACACACUAAGAGUCUCAGCAUGCCUCUUCUGCAAGGUCUGGCACGUUUGCUUGAACUUCUUUCCAACUGGUUUAAUGUUACCUUGGGUGGUAAGCUCUUGGAGCACCUUAGGAAAUGGUUAGAACCAGAAAAGCUUGCUCAAUGUCAGAAAGCUUGGAAGGCUGGUGAAGAACCAAAGAUUGCGGCAGCUAUUAUCGAGCUUUUCCACCUGCUCCCUCCAGCAGCAGGGAGGUUCCUGGAUGAACUUGUGACGCUGACAAUAGAUUUGGAAGGUGCUCUUCCCCAAGGACAAUUCUACAGUGAAAUUAACAGUCCUUAUCGCCUUCCACUCACUAAGUUCUUAAAUCGAUAUUCAGCUGAAUCUGUUGAGUAUUUUCUUCUUCGUUUAGGCCAGCCUAAAUACUUUAGGCGGUUUAUGUAUAUAAUACGUUCAGAUGCUGGCCAACCCUUGAGAGAAGAACUUGCAAAGGCUCCACAGAAAAUACUUGCAAAUGCCUUUCCCCAGUUCUUUCCAAAGUCUGAAGGGUCAGUUCCAUCAGUAUCAGUGACUCCACCUGCUGCUCCAAUGAGUGAUGAAAAUCUUGUUAUGCCUCUACCUGAAAGUCUUUCUAAUCCACCUUCUGCAACCCAGAGUGAAAGUUCAGAUGCUUAUUUUCAGGGGCUUGCUCUUAUUUCAGCUUUGGUUAAACUGAUGCCUGAAUGGUUGUAUAAUAAUCGUAUUGUAUUUGAUACGCUGGUACUUGUCUGGAAAUCACCUGCAAGAAUUGUUCGUUUGCACAAUGAACAAGAACUGAGUUUGAUCCAGGUGAAGGAAAGCAAAUGGCUUGUCAAAUGCUUUCUGAAUUACUUGCGGCAUGACAAGACUGAAGUCAAUGUUUUGUUUGAUAUGCUCUCUAUUUUUCUAGUCCACACUCGCAUUGAUUAUACUUUCCUGAAGGAAUUUUACAUCAUUGAGGUUGCUGAAGGUUAUCCUCCGCAUAUGAAGAAAACCCUUCUACUGCAUUUCUUGGAACUUUUCCAAUCAAAAAAACUUGGUCAUGAUCACCUGGUUGUUGCUAUGCAAAUGCUCAUUCUUCCCAUGCUAGCACAUGCUUUCCAGAAUGGCCAAAGUUGGGAGGUUGUAGACACUACUAUUAUCAAAAUAAUUGUUGAAAAGCUUCUUGAUCCUCCGGAAGAGGUUAGUGCUGAGUAUGAUGAACCUUUGAGAAUAGAACUUCUGCAGCUCGCUACAUUGUUUCUCAGAUAUCUACAAGAUGACCUUGUUCAUCAUCGAAAGGAACUUAUCAAAUUUGGUUGGAAUCAUCUCAAGCGAGAAGAAAGUGCCAGUAAGCAAUGGGCCUUUGUCAAUGUUUGCCAUUUCUUGGAGGCCUAUCAGGCUCCAGAGAAAAUUAUACUCCAGGUUUUUGUGGCUCUUCUUAGAACUUGCCAGCCAGAGAACAAGAUGCUGGUCAAGCAGGCGCUUGAUAUAUUAAUGCCAGCAUUACCCCGAAGGUUGCCUGCAGGGGAUUACCGUAUGCCAAUUUGGAUACGUUACACAAAAAAAAUUCUGGUUGAGGAAGGUCAUUCAAUUCCUAAUUUAAUUCACAUUUUCCAGCUCAUUGUCCGCCAUUCGGAUCUCUUCUAUGGCUGUAGAGCACAAUUUGUACCUCAGAUGGUUAACUCUCUGAGUCGCCUUGGGUUGCCUUUCAACACCACUGCAGAAAAUAGACGCCUUGCCAUUGAACUUGCAGGGUUGGUUGUCGGUUGGGAAAGGCAGAGGCAACAUGAGGUUAAAGUGGUACCUGAUACAGAAGGCCCUAACCAAAUUAGUGAUGUGUUUAAUCUGGGCCCUGUUGGUGGUGAACCAAAACGCUCAUCGGAUGGUUCAUUAUUACCUGAUGAACUAAGUAAACGAGUGAAGAUUGAACCCGGUCUUCAAUCCAUAUGUGUCAUGUCCCCUGGUGGUGCAUCUUCAAUCCCCAAUAUAGAAACCCCUGGAUCUGCUGCACAGCCUGAUGAAGAGUUCAAGCCUAAUGCUGCUAUGGAAGAAAUGAUCAUCAAUUUUCUCAUUAGAGUAGCUUUGGUCAUAGAGCCCAAGGAUAAGGAAGCGAGUUCAAUGUAUAAGCAGGCUUUGGAGCUAUUAUCCCAAGCUUUAGAGGUGUGGCCUAAUGCUAAUGUUAAGUUCAAUUAUCUGGAGAAGUUGCUGGGCAGUCUUCAACCGUCCCAAUCCAAAGACCCAGCGACAGCUUUGGCACAGGGUCUUGAUGUCAUGAACAAGGUUUUGGAGAAGCAGCCUCAUUUGUUUGUCCGCAACAACAUCAAUCAAAUUUCACAAAUACUUGAGCCUUGCUUCAAUAAUAAAAUGUUGGAUGCUGGCAAGUCCCUGUGCUCCUUGUUAAGGAUGGUCUUUAUGGCAUUUCCUCCAGAGGGACCUAAUACGCCACAAGAUGUGAAGUUAUUGUACCAAAAGGUUGAGGAUCUUAUACAAAAGCAUCUUGCAGCUGUGACGUCCCCUCAGAUAUCGCUUGAAGUUAGUGCUGCAAACUCCAUGAUAAGCUUUGCACUCUUUGUCAUUAAGACUUUGACUGAGGUGCAGAAGAACGUCAUCGAUCCAUUCAUUUUGCCUUUGACUCGUGUCCUUCAACGCCUUGUACGGGAUAUUGGAUCAUCUGGAACUCCUCACAUGAGACAAGGUCAGAGAACAGAGCCAGAUUCUGCUAGCCUUGCUUCUGCUGUUGGUGACAUCGGAUCGGUGAUCUCUAAUUUGAAAUCUGUCUUGAAACUUAUCAGUGCGAGGGUCAUGCUUGUUCCUGAAUGCAAAAGAUUUAUGAGCCAAAUACUAAAUGCAUUACUGUCAGAGAAGGGUACGGAUGCCAGUGUGCUACUUUGCAUACUUGAUGUGAUAAGGAGCUGGAUUGAAGAAGACUUCAGCAGGGCAGUGACAUCCGGUGCAUCAGGUGCUGUUCUUGCUCAGAAGGAGAUAGUUUCAUAUCUUCAGAAGCUGUCACAGGUUGAUAAGCAGGGUUUCUUCCCAAGUGCCCUAGAAGAGUGGGACAGGAAAUAUCUUGAACUUCUUUAUGGACUUUGUGCUGAUUCAAACAGGUACCCACUGUCCAUGCGACAAGAAGCAUUCCAGAAAGUGGAGAGGCAAUUUAUGCUUGGUCUACGGGCAAAAGAUCCAGAGAUCAGACAGAAAUUCUUCUUGCUAUAUCAUGAAUCUCUUGGGAAGACAUUGUUCACAAGGCUGCAGUUUAUCAUCCAAAUUCAGGACUGGGAAGCUUUAAGUGACGUCUUCUGGCUGAAACAAGGCCUUGAUCUUCUUCUUGCAAUCUUGCUUGAAAAUGAACCUAUCACUCUUGCUCCAAACUCUGCCCGGGUGCCCCCACUUAUGGCCCAGGUUACUCUGCCAGAGCGUCCCGGAAUGCAGCAACAGGUUCCUGAUGCUCCUGAUGAUUCUGAAGGGAGUCCAUUGACACUAGAUCACCUUGUGUAUAAGCAUGCACAGUUUCUGAAUGAAAUGAGCAAGCUUAAGGUGGCUGAUCUUGUUAUUCCUUUGAGGGAACUGGCUCAUACAGAUGCUAAUGUUGCAUAUCAUCUGUGGGUAUUGGUAUUCCCAAUUGUCUGGGUAACUUUACACAAGGAAGAGCAGGUGGCCUUAGCUAAGCCAAUGAUAGAUCUAUUGUCAAAAGAUCACCACAAAAAGCAGCGAGGAAACAGGCCCAAUGUCGUACAGGCACUUCUAGAAGGCCUUCACUUGAGCCACCCUCAACCUCGAAUGCCAAGUGAACUCAUCAAAUAUAUUGGAAAGACGUAUAAUGCUUGGCACAUCUCAUUGGCUCUGCUCGAAAGUCACGUCGUAUUGUUCAUGAAUGAAGCGAAGUGUUCUGAGUCUCUUGCUGAGCUUUAUCGAUUUCUCAAUGAAGAGGAUAUGAGGUGUGGACUGUGGAAGAAGAGGUCGAUUACUGCAGAAACACGAGCUGGCCUUUCUCUAGUUCAACAUGGUUAUUGGCAACAGGCACAAAGCCUAUUUUACCAAGCCAUGAUCAAGGCAACUCAAGGUACUUACAACAACACAGUUCCAAAGGCUGAAAUGUGUCUUUGGGAAGAGCAAUGGCUCUAUUGUGCUAGUCAGCUAAGUCAGUGGGAUGUGUUGGCAGACUUUGGUAAGAGUGUUGAAAAUUACGAAAUGUUGCUUGAUUGUCUCUGGAAAAUUCCAGAUUGGGCAUACAUGAAAGAUUAUGUAAUUCCUAAGGCUCAGGUAGAAGAGACUACCAAGCUCCGUUUGAUCCAGGUAUUUUUUGCUCUUCAUGAUAGAAAUACAAAUGGUGUGGGAGAUGCUGAAAAUAUAGUGGGAAAAGGUGUUGAUCUUGCUCUAGAACAGUGGUGGCAAUUGCCUGAGAUGUCUGUUCAAUCCCGUAUACCUCUUUUGCAGCAAUUUCAACAACUUGUUGAAGUGCAAGAAUCAGCCAGAAUUAUAGUGGAUAUUGCCAAUGGAAACAAGCAACUUUCAGGAAAUUCUGUUGCAAGUGUUCAUGCUAGUGGAUAUAUGGAUCUGAAGGAAAUCCUCGAGACAUGGCGACUAAGGACCCCAAAUGAAUGGGAUAGCUUAUCUGUUUGGUAUGAUCUACUUCAAUGGAGGAAUGAGAUGUAUAAUACUGUCAUAGAUGCAUUCAAAGAUUUUGGCAGCACAAACUCACAGCUACACCACCUUGGUUACCGUGACAAAGCUUGGAAUGUCAAUAAGCUUGCUCAUAUCGCCCGUAAGCAAGGUCUUUAUGAUGUUUGUGUGACAAUACUUGAGAAGAUGUAUGGCCACUCAACCAUGGAAGUGCAGGAGGCAUUCGUCAAAAUAAGAGAACAAGCAAAAGCUUAUCUCGAGAUGAAGGGAGGACUUAGCAGUGGUCUUAGUUCGAUCAAUAGUACUAAUCUUGAAUAUUUUCCCGUGAAACAUAAGGCAGAAAUUUUUCGCCUCAAGGGGGAUUUCCUGUUGAAAUUAAAUGAAUGUGAAAAUGCUAAUACUGCAUAUUCUAAUGCCAUCAGUCUUUUCAAACAUUUGCCAAAAGGAUGGAUAAGCUGGGGAAAUUAUAGUGACAUGAUUUACAAAGAAACCCAAGAAGAGACUUGGUUAGAAUAUGCUGUGAGUUGCUUUCUUCAGGGAAUCAAAUAUGGUGUCUCUAACUCCAGAAGCCAUUUAGCUCGUGUCCUAUAUCUUCUCAGCUUUGAUACUGCCAAUGAACCUGUGGGAAGAUCAUUUGAUAAGUACUUGGACCAGAUCCCACAUUGGGUUUGGCUUUCUUGGGUCCCACAGCUAUUACUUUCUUUGCAGAGGACAGAAGCACCUCAUUGCAAACUUGUGCUAUUAAAAAUUGCUACUGUGUACCCGCAGGCUCUGUAUUACUGGUUACGCACAUAUUUGCUUGAGCGCCGUGAUGUUGCCAAUAAGUCUGAACUUGGAAGGUUACGGAUGCAGCAAAAUGUGUCUGGGGCUGGUACAACUUCUUUAGGCUUGUCUGAUGGUGGUGCAAGAGUACAGCCUCAUGUUGGGGGUUCUCUAACCUCAGACAAUCAAGUUCAUCAAGGCCCACAGUCUGGCGGUAUUGGUGGAUCACAUGAUGGUGGAAACCCUCAUGGACAAGAACAUGAAAGGACCACAGUAGUAGAAGGAAGUGUGCAUGGUGGGCAUGAACAACCUUCACAGCAAAGCUCUUCAACCAAUAGUGAAGGCCAAAGUGCAUCAAGGCGUAAUGGUGUGCUUGGAUUGGUAGCUUCUGCUGCUAGUGCAUUUGAUGCUGCAAAGGAUAUAAUGGAGGCUCUGAGAAGCAAGCACACUAAUUUGGCUAGUGAACUUGAGACUCUUCUUACUGAAAUUGGCUCACGGUUUGUUACCCUUCCUGAGGAGAGACUUCUGGCUGUGGUAAAUGCUCUGCUUCAUCGCUGUUACAAGUACCCAACUGCCACUACAGCAGAGGUUCCACAAUCCCUGAAAAAGGAGCUGUCGGGCGUUUGCAAGGCUUGUUUUUCGGCUGAUGCUGUGAAUAAGCAUGUUGAUUUUGUGAGAGAUUACAAGCAGGACUUUGAACGUGAUCUUGAUCCAGAAAGCACUGCUACUUUUCCGGCCACCCUUUCUGAACUGACUGAGCGACUGAAGCACUGGAAAAAUGUUCUUCAGAGCAACGUUGAGGACAGGUUUCCAGCCAUCUUGAAACUGGAAGAGGAAAGCAGAGUGUUGCGUGAUUUUCAUGUUGUUGAUGUUGAAGUUCCGGGGCAAUAUUUCACUGAUCAGGAAGUUGCACCUGAUCAUACAGUGAAGUUAGACAGAGUUGGAGCUGACAUUCCAAUUGUGAGGCGGCAUGGAAGCAGUUUCCGCCGACUGACACUCAUUGGAUCUGAUGGUUCUCAACGGCACUUCAUUGUUCAGACAUCUUUGACUCCUAAUGCUAGAAGUGAUGAACGCAUACUGCAGCUUUUCCGAGUUAUGAACCGGAUGUUUGACAAGCACAAGGAAUCAAGGCGCCGCCACAUAUGCAUUCACACCCCAAUAAUAAUUCCUGUUUGGUCCCAGGUCCGAAUGGUGGAAGAUGACUUGAUGUAUAGCACAUUCCUUGAGGUCUAUGAAAAUAAUUGUGCUCGUAACAAUCGAGAGGCAGAUCUCCCGAUUACCCAUUUCAAGGAGCAAUUAAAUCAAGCCAUCUCUGGCCAGAUUUCUCCUGAAGCUGUUGUGGAUCUCCGCCUCCAAGCCUAUAAUGAGAUUACAAAGACUCUUGUCACUGAUGGCAUAUUCUCUCAGUACAUGUACAAGACACUUCCGAGUGGUAACCAUCUCUGGGCUUUCAAAAAGCAGUUUGCCAUCCAGCUGGCACUUUCUAGUUUCAUGUCAUUUAUGCUACAAAUUGGGGGACGGACCCCCAACAAGAUUCUGUUUGCAAAAAACACAGGCAAAAUAUUCCAGACUGACUUCCACCCAGCUUAUGAUGCAAACGGGAUGAUCGAGUUUAAUGAAGCGGUGCCCUUCCGAUUGACAAGGAACAUGCAAGCAUUCUUCUCCCAUUUUGGAGUGGAAGGGCUGGUUGUUUCUGCCAUGUGUGCUGCUGCCCAAGCUGUAGUUUCACCUAAACAAAUUCAGCAUUUAUGGCAUCAUUUAGCCAUGUUUUUCCGUGAUGAGUUGUUGUCUUGGUCUUGGAGAAGACCAUUGCAGAUGCCUUCAUCACCUGCUCCUGCUGGAGGCAGCUUAAGCCCCAUGGACUUCAAGCUUAAGGUCACUACGAACGUGGAGCAUGUCGUUGGACGGAUCAAAGGAGUAGCCCCACACAACUUCUCUGAGGAGGAGGAUAAUGCCAUGGAUCCACCACAGUCCGUGCAGCGAGGCAUCACUGAGCUGGUUGAAGCUGCCUUGAUGCCCAGGAAUUUGUGCAUGAUGGAUCCAACUUGGCAUCCUUGGUUCUAGCUGUGAUUGCUUUUGGCUAUAGAUUUUUUUAGUUUUGUAGCAAGAGCUUUUGGCUAUAGAUCAUUGCUGAUUUUCUGAAGCAUGUCUGGCUGCCUCAAACCAUCUCUUUUCCUGUAGAUCUGUAGAAUCUUUUGUAUACAUCCAUCCCCCCCCCCCCCCUCCCAACCCAAAAGAAGGCAUAGAAUCUUUUGUAAAUUAUGUACAUAUUGGUAUCAAUUCUAUAAGUUGCUGGUAUUUUAAUUAUGUACAUAUUGGUAUCAAUUCAAUAAAUUGCUGAUAUUUUACUUCCUAGCA